AUGCCGGACUGCAAUGGGGAGCUAUCCACCUGCAGCUGUACCUGUCCCACCGCGAGCGAAGCUUUAUUCGCCGUCACUGCCGCCUCCAUGGUCUGCAGGUCUGAGUCAAAAAGUAUUCUUAUAAAUUGCGAAAAAAAUUUCCAGUACAUCCUACACAUGUCCAUCCCCGACGCGGGCCGUUCUCUACUCUUCUGGAACAGGUUUGAGUCACUCUUGUUCUUUCACGACUCGUGUUCAGGUGUCAUACAGCCGGAAGGAUCGAAUCCAGCUUUGAUGUGCGCGGAAUCCGACGGCACAUGGAAGGAUUCCCUCGGCAACACUUACGACGCCCUCACGUGUGCCGAUGAAUGCGUGUUCUGCUCCAGCGAAAACUUGUACAAGUACGUUUUGAACAGUUGACCUAAAGCACUGUUCUUCAAAAUUAUAUAGCUCUUGGUCUGAAUUUUUUCUUUUUCGCACCAGUUUUUCGGUGCUUUUUUGCUCAAAUCUUUUUUCCAGAGUCUCAUCGUAGGGUUUCCUGAAAACUAAUGUAGUUUUUUUUUCCCAAAAGAACUCACGAUUUUUUUUUGUUAAUAGAACGAGAUCACAUGACUUUCGAUGUUCUGAAGCAAGCCAGUUUACAGAUGAAACGUAGACCUGAGUGAUUUUUUUUUAACAGCGUUCCCAAAAGGGGUGAGAAGACGUCAAAAAAAAAUUUGGCGCGAAAAUUUAAAUCUCAAGUACGCAGCCAAAGGCGAUCGAACAAACGAGUUAUUAACGUUAAAUAGGGUAAUUGUGACGUAAAAUGACGUCAUUUAUCCGAAGCGCGCACUUGCUUUUUUUUGUAAAUUCAGAAAAUUUGACACCUCGUUCACCUUCCCUCACCCAUUAGGAAUGCUGUAAAAAUGUCAAACUGACAAUUUGGCUUUUAUCCAGAUAUGCUUUUUCUCCAUUCUGUAUAACAUAACUUAGGCUCAUUUAACUAAUUAUAAAUGCUUAUAGAAGUUUGGCUGAAUUGGACUUUACCAGUUUGAUUCGUUCCAAAAUCAUUUUGAGAAUCAAAAAAAAAAACUAAACUUGCAGGGAAAUGUGCAAUGGUCUGGCUGUUGCCGUAUGCGACUCGAAGGCGAUGGUCACGUUGGCGCAGACUCGCGACGACGGAGUCGGCGGCUGCUCGUAAGAACGUCCAAAUCAACUGUCGGAAAGUCUUCGCUUCAGAGUGCAACUGACGUGCGCCGCAGGCUCUCGCGCUUAUUACUUCACUCAGGCAACAGGCAACAAAGCGUUCCUGACGAGUAACCCGAUGCCGACUUUCACCUGCACGGACAGCACGAAGAUGUUCUCCAACGACAUGAGCGAAGUCGUCGACGCAAUCACGUGUGGCGGUAAGUUUACGUCUGUCAGGAAAUCGAACAUACUUUUUUUUUUCUUUUCGCCUGAUUUCUGAAAAAAUUUUAAAAUGAAAGACGCAUUCGGCCUUUCAUGAAACGAAAUGAAAAUACCGAAAGUAGAAAGACAAAACUUCCGAUGGGCUAAAAAAAAAGUUUUCUGAACCCCGUUUACAAUAUAGCUGCUUCACGGCUAGCUUGUGACACUAAGUAGGCGUGGUCUGUCUGCGCUCUCCACCAACCAGGCACUAUCUCUUUUAUCAUCAUGUCAAAACCUUUUUUGAUGGUACAAGCCAGCUGUGAAUCAAAGUUUCGAAAAUUACCGGAACUUUUUUUUUAAAGUUAAAAAUCAAACAGUUUUUUGCAUUCUGUGAAUCUCCAAAUUGAAUUUCACUACAGUGUGCGUCCAUUGCCCGUCGCCCUACCGCGAUAAUUGCAACGGCGAGUCGAGGAUGACCUGCGCGACAAGUUCUCAGGCUCUCGUCGCCAUCAAUCGGGAUGAGCCAGGAAUGCAAUGCCUGUACGUUUUUUCGCUAGGUCUACUGAUCAUUUAUGGGAGAUACAAAUAUGACUUGAAAGGCGAAGAAGACAGAGAAGUGAUAGGCACGCGGUUCUUGGCACGAGUUCAGUUCAAGCGCCACCGACUAUUCAAAAAGCUCGGUGAAUUUUGUUGAAUUGAACUCUUGCCAAGAACCGCGUACGCACACGCUACGCGUCCCGCCCCUUGCCCCGCCUCCUUCGUCUUUCAAGUCGGGAAAAAAUUGACUAUAUAUUUUAACAGACCAGUACCGGUUGAUACGCACUCUUAGUUUUUCAGGAUGAGUUUCGCCUGCCCCGCAGGUACCUUCCCUUUUUAUUACGAGGUGGGCAACCCGGUGGCGAUGAUGUACUCAGGAACACAGUUCAUGUGCGGCGACUUUUAUGGCGUUUUCAUGACAGAUGUAGCUCCGCCUCCUGUGAUAAUCGAAGCUUUCACGUGCAUGUCCAUGACCUAG